UGUGGCUCGUGGGCUCUAGAGCUCAGGCUCAGUAGUUGUGGUGCAUGGGCUUAGUUGCUCCGCGGCAUGUGGGAUCUUCCCAGACCAGGGCUCAAACCCGUGUCCCCUGCACUGGCAGGCGGAUUCUUAACCACUGCGCCACCAGGGAAGCCCUCAGCAGUCUCUUGUUUCCAUGACACUGAUAAGGAUGAUCCUUGUGGAUAAAAAAAGGAAACAAUGGAAAAUACAGCAACGACCACUGACUGAGCAUCUGCUAUGUAUCAUCUAUUGCACUAAAUUCCUUACUAAACCUUGUCUUACUGAAAUCUCACAGCAACCCCGUAAGAUGCCUCCUAUUGCCCCCAUUUUGAAAAUUAGGAAACUGAGACUCAGAGAAGGAAAGUUGCUUGUUGAAAAAUGACAAAUUGUUUGACUGCAGAGCCAUGUGUUUUCCACAGCUACAGCACAGAGCCUAAUUUAGUGCCUGUGUAAACACUGAGUAGGCAUCAGGGACGCACUGCUUUCAAAACACAUUGGAAUUGUAGCGGGCGAGUCUGAAUUACUGUGCAGAACCCUUGCUCUUCCAGUGGGCAUGGGCUGGGAGCCAAGAAUUGAUCAGCCUUCCCUGAAUGUGCUUGAGGAACCCUCCUGAUGCGGAGCCCGGGGAAGAAUUUAUGGAGGGGCAUAACCCAGAGCUCCCCCUCACCACGCAGGUGUCGAGAAGGGCAGAGUCCCUGGCGGGUUCUGGAGACAGAUCAAUUGCCUGAAGCUCAAAGAAGAGGAAAGAAGAAACCGUUGCCUUUUGCUGUCCAGUUAUUGGAAGCCAGGGCAUGCGUGAGUGCUUCACCUGCGUUAUUCAGCUCCUGCCUCACGGCAACCAGCUAAAGAAAUUCAAGCACAUCAAGCACUCUUUCCAUCUGACCUGCUUUGGGUGUCUAUUUCCUACUACUGGACUUUAAGAUCCACUGGACUCUCUCUGCUGAGGACCCACAACAAACUCCAGGACCAGAGUAUGUUUAUUGACUACAGAUGUUAAGCACUUUGCUAAGGAACAGAAAGCUGCAAGACAGAAUAUGUACUUCACCGGAGUGGGUGCAUAGAAACCGGCUGUGUGUCUGAAUCUUUAAGAACUCAAGUGGAAGGUAUGCUUACAAGUUUAAAGGUCAGAAUCACAACACACAGACUUGAAUUGGAAUGACUGCAAGAUAGUUUCAGGAUUAUAAGACUUCUAUGUAAAAGAAGUUAAUAAAAGGCAUAUUAAGACCAGUCCUAACUCUCCCUUCCCAGCACGCCCUAUGGACUCUCUGACUUAUUACACUGGCCAUACUCAGAAUGUUCUGUAUUGGACUGGCUAGAGCAGCAACAUAUUGGAAGGAGCUGAGGACUUCUCUAGAAGCUGCAUUCGCAUAGCUCGCUGCUCUUUCUACUUAGAUGUAUUUAUUGGGGAAGGAGGAUGCCCCUAAAGAACUUGUCCCCAUGCCACCUCUGGUUCCAGUACUGUGCAGUGCCCUUGGCCCUCCUGUCCAAAACUAUCACUGUGAAGUUUGUUUCAAUGAGAAAAGGGCAAGAGUUGAAAACUUUUAUCUAUCUACACAAAAUCUGCACACAAAUGUUUAUAGCAGGUUUAUUCAUAAUUGCAAAAACUCAGAAGCAAACAAGAUAUCCUUCAAUGGAUGAAUGGAAUAAAGAACAUCAAACAAGUCAGAGAUGGAGUCCUUCAAGUUUUCAGAAGAACAGAUCAGCAUGUACACAACUGGUCAGUAUGGCCUUGGCACCUGGGAAAGAAGUCUUAUCAUCAAAGGAGUACCAUCAUUGGCAUCCAAGGAAGGGAGACAUUUAACUUUAUUUUUAACAGGGACAUUCUUUACUUCUGGUCAAGGUGCCCUUCUCUUUAAAGCAGAUGUACGGUGUCUGUUUGAUAGGCCUCAAACAGGCUGUUUUCGUUAGCAUAAAGUUCAAGUUAAAUUAUGUAUAAGCCAGGAUGACUUUCCCUGUACCUCAAUAUGUGAAAAUUUCUUUCAUCAUUAUUCAAUGCUAAAAAGAAAUCAAGCUAUCAAGCCAGGAAAAGAGAUGGAGGAAACUUCUAUGCAUAUCGUUAAGUGAAAGAAGCCAGUCAGAAAAGCCUACAUGCUAUAUGAUUCCAACUAUAUGACACUCUGGAAAAGUGUGCCAGGAGGAAAUGGCAGUCCCACCCUACCCAUUGGAGGGACAACUGUCUUAAAAUAAUCUGAUGGAAUUUUGGGCCAUUAUCUGGCCACAAGAAAAUAGCUGCUAAAAGUGGAAUUCAGCUCUUUUACAAUUUCAGCAAAGCUGGAAGAGGGUCAAAAAAAUUCCUCCUCAAAAAAAUAAGGACUUGUGGACUACAGAGCAAGAUUCUUUUCCAUUAUAGGUUAUUACAAGAUAUUGAAUAUAGUUCCCUAUGCUGUACGAUUAUCCACAGUUCCAUUUCUGACCAUGAUGGAAUAACAAGGACUGAAGUGAACUUCCUGCCACAAACAACAAGAAAACUGGACAAAAUAUAUAAAGCAACUGUUUUCAGACAUUGGAAGACAGCACAGGACUAUGAUGCCUGAGAAAAAGGGAGCAUAUAAGGUUGGCUGGAGUUGGGCUGAUCUAGGUUGGGCCCAUCUGGACAGCUCUGCAUCUCACCGAAAGACUGGUUCAGGCAAUUCUGCUCCAUAUGCCACUCAUUCUUCUCCUGGGACCCAAGAGCUAGCCAGGAUCAUAAGACUAUAUACUCAUUAUAGAAAAUCUAGAAAUCCAGAAAAGUAUAAAGGAAUAAAAAUAAUAACUAACCCAUACUCAGAUACUAAUGGAAGAAAUGUUCACAUAUUGAGGAAGAAUUCAGUGAGUGACAGAGUGAUUGGUAAGAAGUGGAUUUAUUUAGAGAGAAACACACUCCACAGCCAGAGUGUGGGCCAUCUCAGAAGUUAUUCUCGUCCAUCCUCCCGGGAAAGACUCUCAAGCUUGGACCCAGCCACGCCUCCCCACCGUGGCCCUACCCACAUCCUGGUCCCGCCCCCUUCGGGCCCUAGCGUUCGGUUUCCAUGGUUACACCGCUGCCUCCGAGAGAGCCCAGCUGCCCAGAAGGUCCCCGCAAAGACCUCGGGGAAGAAUCGGGUAAACGCGGCUCCAGCUCUCCAUUCCGGCCAAGGUCAGUCCAUUCGAGGCUCCGCGCCCUUGAGCCCGGGGUGUACCCCGCGAGGAAGCGAGCGUGGGGCCGUGGACAGAGCCUGGGCCGCUGGAGCAUCCCGUCUAGCCUGGUUGAGGCUGAACUGUCGAAUGCCUCCCACUCAGGCUGAAAGUGUUAUAAAGAAUAUCAUUCGAGAAAUAGGACAAGAAUGUGCGGCCCAUGGAGAGAUUGUUUCUGAAACUCUGGUUGCUUUUAUGGUGAAAGCUGUUGUCCUGGACCCAAGUAAUGGCUUUAACACGGAUAGAACUCUCGUGAAAGGUGAUGUGCAGAAACUUGUAAAGCUUUGUGUGACUCGGCUAUUGGACAGUAAAAAUCCUUCCCUGGACACCAUUAAGAUGCAAGUCUAUUUUGAUAUGAAUUAUACAAGUCGAGAGGAAUUUCUCGAAGAACAUCACCGGGUCGUAGAGUCUAGAUUAAGCUCUGUUAGCAGAGAAAUUACAGAUAGUCGAGCAUGUGUUCGAGAAGAGCUGGAAAGCCUCUACCGCAAGAUCGUCAGCUACGUGUUACUGCGCUCUGGGCUGGGGUCCCCAACAGACAUCAAGAUUGUCAGAGAGGCAACAGCUGCCCUACAGAGUGUUUUUCCUCAGGCUGAGCUUGGGACAUUUCUAACUCUUUCUAAGAAGGACAAAGAACGCCAGCUGAAAGAACUCACCAUGAUUGUUACUGGAAUUCGUUUAUUUAACCGAGACUGUGGAAAGGGAGGAGAAGGCAUUGAUGACUUGCCAGCUAUUCUACAGGAAGCAAUCCCAGCCACCACUCAGCAUGUUGAUUCCCAACUUGAGGUGGUCCAGGACCGGGCAUACCGCUACACAGCCAUCCUCGAGAAAGUAGCAAAGAACCCACUCUUGAGUCAAGAACUUCAGCCCUAUAUGUUAAAAGAAGCACUGUAUAACGUGCGACAAUAUGAGAUCUUCCUUCAGAUCAUUUUGUCGGAUAUAAUUACUUGUGCUCAAGAAGUGGAAAUGAUGAUAAAGCAGUUAGGAGCCCAACUGGAACAAUUAAAAUUUACUGUAAAAUCAAAGACGGCUGUCCCAACAUCACAAGUCUUUCCCACCUUCAUUGCCCUUUCCAAUCUGUGGACUAGCUUUCAGGAUGAAACUGUUCUGAUUAGCAUCCUCAGUAAUUUAACUACUCAUCUUGAGCCAUUUCUGGGGACUCAUGAACUGUUCUUUCCUGAGAAAGUGACGCAAGCUCUUCUUGAUGGAGCGACUGUGAAAACUGAUGUGUGUAGAAUGAAAGAGCACAUUGAAGAGAGAGUAAAUCUGGCGGAUUUCAGAAAACUAGAAUGGCUUUUCCCAGAAACAACAACCAAUUUUGAUAAAUUGUUGAUUCAGUAUCGGGGAUUUUGUGCUUACACAUUUGCUACAACAGAUGGUCUUCUUCUUCCAGGAAAUCCAGCAAUUGGAAUUUUGAAAUAUAAAGAAAAGUAUUAUACUUUCAAUACCAGAGAUGCUGCAUAUUCAUUUGCAGAAAAUCCUGAAAAUUACAUUGAUAAAAUUAGAGAAAAAGCCAAAAAAAAUGCAGAAUUGAUUCAGCUACUGGAACUUCAUCAACAGUUUGAAACCCUUAUUCCAUAUUCUCAGAUGAAAGAGGUUGACAAACAUUAUAUAAAACCAAUUGCAAAGUGUGAAAGUAGCACACAGACGGAUACACAUUUAUUGCCACCAACAAUUGUGAGAUCAUAUGAGUGGAAUGAAUGGGAAUUAAGAAGAAAAGCUAUAAAAUUGGCCAAUUUGCGUCGGAAAGUUACUCACUCGGUACAGACUGAUCUUAGUCACAUGAGAAGAGAAAAUUGUUCCCAGGUGUACCCUUCAAAGGAUGCUAGCACACAGUCAAUGAGGGAAAGCAGCAGCCGAGUGCCCCGGCCCCAGAUUUACAUAGCUGGUUUCCGCGGGGGCCAUACCAAGACCACCUAUGAAGUCAAGGUGAACUUAACUAGGGCCAUUGAUGAAACCUAGUUAGAGACCACACUUUUAACGUAGAUACCACUGAAUUGUGAACAAUGGCAUAUAUUGAAAAGUAUUUUUGCAUCCAUGAAAACUAGCUAAUUUUGUGGGGCUGGCACGUUCAUUGGUGGUAUGAAUGUUUUUGGGUUCUCACCCAUAUGGACUGUCAAACUGCUACAACAAAUGAAAAAUUGUUUUCUGUAAUACAUUUUUCAUUCUAUUAAAAUUGCAAAGUAAAACUCUG